ACCGAUUACUUCCUUGUUUUGUGGAAAAGUUUAGUUUGGGAAAGUCUCUGCUCUGUGACACCAAACUCAUCAGAAAUGAGUUCAUUUAGUUCUUUUACUUUAUAAUUAAAUAAAUGGGGGAUAUUCGGUCACGGCGGUAGUUUCUUCUUCUUCUUCGUUGUGGUGUUUUGAAAUCUUUUCUAAAGCAGUGAAAUGGACUACAGGGAGAAGUUUCCUCUGCACUGGCUGGUUUGGCAGAACAACUACAGGCAGCUGGAAAAUCAAAUCUACGCGCACAAUGUGGAGGAGGUGGACCCGAGAGGACGAACCCCGCUGCAUCUAGCCGUGUCUCUGGGUCAUCUGGAGUCGGUCCGAGUUCUGCUGAGACACGGAGCCCAGGUCACCAAGGAAAACGCCAAGAACUGGACCGUGCUCCAGGAAGCGGUCAGUACAGGAGAUCCGGAGAUGGUGCAGCUGGUUCUGCAGAGGCGUGAUUACCUCAAAGCCUCCACAGCCCUCGCAGGAGUCCCCGCGUUACUGUGCAAGAUCCGAGAGUCUCCAGAUUUCUACAUGGAGAUGAAAUGGGAGUUCACCAGCUGGAUACCGCUGGUGUCACGUGUGUGUCCGAGUGACGUGUGCCGUAUCUGGAAGAGCGGUACGAGUCUGCGAGUGGACGCCACGCUGCUCGGCUUCGAGAACAUGACGUGGAUCAGGGGGAGGCGGAGCUACAUCUUCAAAGGAGACGAGAACUGCGCCGAGCUGAUGGAGGUGAACCACGACGACGAGGUGGUGGACACGGAGCGCUUCGACAUCACGCGCGAGCUGGACGAGGUCACGCUCGACUCCAUGCAGCCCGAACAACAGGAAGUGGCCAAGCGUCUGACCACGCCCAUCGUCAACACCUUCCUCGACACCAAGGACAUCUCGUUCGAGAGGUGUAAAUCGGGGAUCUGGGGCUGGAGAUCAGACAGAACAGAAGUAGUAAACGGGUUUGAAGCGAAGGUGUUCUCCGUCAACAACGUGAACGUGGUGAUUCGCACGAGGACGGAGCACCUCACCGACGAAGAGAAAACCCGAAUCAAAAGUGAGAGGAACAUUCUGGAGUCUUUUCUCGGGACGGUCGAGCAGCAGAUCAGCGCUCAGGGGGAUUUAACGCUGGAGUACGCGACGGCGACGAACCCGACAGCCAUCACUCCAGAGGAAUAUUUUGACCCGGACUUUGACCUGAAGGACCGAGACAUCGGCCGACCCAUCGAGCUCACCAUCAGAACCCAAAGGUUUAAGGGGACGUUGUGGAUGAGCGAGGAGCACCCCCUCUCUCUGGUGGAGCAGGUCACCCCCAUCAUCGACCUGAUGGCUCGCACCAGCACUCACUUCGCCCGUCUCGGAGACUUCAUCCAGCUCCGCUUCCCCCCAGGCUUCCCCGUCAAGAUCGAGAUCCCGCUGUUCCACGUGCUGAACGCCCGCAUCACGUUCGGAAGCGUAAACAAGUGCGGCACGGAGGAGCCUGCAGACGGGAGCCAGUCGUCCUCGACCCCUUCGCCGACGGAGGAGGACAAAGACAGCGAGAGCAGCGAAGCGUCAGGUGUCACUCCAUUCCAAGUGUCCCCCUCUGUUUUUACGGUUCCUGCUCACUAUCACCAGCGUGGAGGCAGCAGACACACACACAUCCCCCGGCCCUCCAACCACGACGAGGAGCUGCUGCAGUACGCCAUCCACCGGAGCCUGCUCGAGUCCAGCAGCUACAGCGCGCAGAACCCUUGGAGCGACUCUAAUGGAGUUUCAGCACACAGUUUGGUAGAAAGUCUGAGUGACGGGAACGUCUCUGAAGGCGUGCUGGUGGAUUUAAGCGAGACCACGCCCACCAGCACGGAGUCCGCCUCCAGCCCGGACUCCGACCUCCGAUUGGCCAUGGAGCUGUCGGCCCGCGAGCAGGAGGAAGAGGAGAGGAGGCGGAAAGAAGAGGAGGAGGAGCUGGAGAGGAUCCUGCAGCUCUCGCUCAUGGAAAAAUGACCCGGACGAGAAGGGAGACGGAGGAAGGACAAAAGGGAAAAUGCCGUUUCCUGGUCGCGGAGCCAACGGAGCUCGUCCACUUCCUGCUCUGCCGUGGAUUAUAACGCGGAUCCUUCUGCUAUUCUGACGAGCGAGCCGUUUGCUAAGAAAAGAAUCGUCGCCCAAAGCCUGACCUUUAAUCCACACACACACACACACACACACACACACACACACACACACACACACACACUUUCACUCACAAAGCACACACCCAUUUUUUUUUAAACACUUCCUGUUUUGUUUCUGAGACGAUGCUGCUGCUGUGACGGAGGAAAUCUCUGAGCUGCUUCACUCAGACUGUGUAAAAAAGGCCAAAAGGUGUGUGUGUGUGUGUGUGUGUGUGUGUGUGUGUGUGUGUGUGUGUGUGUGUGUGUGAGAACCUUUAAAGUAGGGGUCUCCAAUCUUUUUCAGAAAGGGCCAGUGUGGGUGCAGGUUUUCAUUCCAACCAAUCAAUGGUCACACCUGAUAGUCAUUGAAAAUGAAGAUCAUUAGAUUUGAACAGGUAGAAUGUGGUGUGGACUUGCUUGGUUAAAAUAAAAACCUGCACCCACACUGGCCCUUUCUGGAAAAGAUUGGAGACCCCUGCUUUAAAGCAAGCUGUGUUUUCACAUAAUCUCAGGGUUCUUCUGGUUUCCUUCAUUGAUGACAGAGGAGUUUCGAGAUGACAGAAGGUUCCGGAGGCUCCCCAAAUAAACGACCUUUGAUUAGCUAUAACAAAGCGUGAGCUGAUGACCGCUGAUGCAGUCAAAUUAAUCCAUGAAUCCUUUUUUAACCGCAUGUGUUCAUCUAGAAAUUUUAUCUGCGGAUUGUUCAGGCUACUGUGCUCCGAGAUAUCCGCUCUCCAGUGUUAGCAUCGUUAGCCUGGGUUAGAACUCAAACGCUUCAACUCGUACAGCAAUACCGAACGCCACCACCGUGCCUCUGCGAGUGAAAGGUUUGUAGGUGAUCCCUUCCGAGACUCCUUCGCUUCCUGUGUGGAGAUCUAUCACUGUGAGAUUGAGGAUAAGUCCAACUUUUUUCCCCCUUGCGCCCACAUGCUGUGCACCAGCAGGGGGCGUGAGUUUGAGAGCUACUUAAAAACAGGAAAGUCAACUCAAAUCUCCUGUCUGUCGUUCACGGGAUGCUACAGAAGCAGUUCCACCACCAUUUUUAAAAACAAAAGAGAAACUCGCCAGUCAACAUAUAAUGAAAUGAACUCGCAGGACGACUGCUGGAUGAAAAUGUCUCCUACUUGUGAUUACAAAUUAAUGAGUUUUUCGGGAUCCGUAUCGACUUUUUUCACACCAGACCAAUCCGAGGUCAUGUGCAGGACGCAGGGUUUUGUAACGCCCUCGAUUUUUGCAUGAAAGGUGUAAAGCUGAGAACGCAGACGGAGUGCAUUGUAGCAAACCAUUAAGAUUAGCUUACACACACACACACACACACACACACACACACACACACAUUUUAUAUGGGAGAAGAAUUCUAAAUAGAUUUUUUUUUAUUAUUCCAAAACCAUACAAAGCAACUGUGAUUGUCUCCAGUUAUACAGGCAGUGUUCAGGAACGUCACAUUUUUUAUUUCUGGUGGUUUCUUGGGUUUUUAAAGGAAUGAACUGCCAAACAUAAUGCAUUUUUUUUUUUUUUUUUACCAUAUCAGGGUUUCUCACUGGCUAGUUUUCGCAGCUAAUUAACUGUUUUCUGAGCUGAGCGUGUGGAGAAAUGUACAGUGUGUUAAAGGUAACAUAUAUAAAAUAAUAAUAAAAGCACUUUAUAUGACUUGAA